CGCUUAUGGUUGAAUACAUGAAUACACAACACACUGGAAUAUCUAGUGCAUUUCUGUGGGUGCUUAACAAUUUAAAUAUCACUUUUUUACUCUCUCACACAAAUCUUGGUCUUCACCCUUUGCUCUGAGAUCAGUUCCGUUUCCUUGCAUCAUUCUCAUCAGUGUAAAAACAGAAGACAGAGAAGACAGGAAGAACUUUAGCCCAUAUUCACUGUGUUUGAGGGUAAAAGAGCUGUAAUGUCUGAUGAUAUUUAUCACAAUGUGCUCAAGACUGAGAUUCAGGGAACAGACAGAGAGGAGAUGACGGUGGACAUCUAUGAGAGUGGAGACGACUUACGGACACAGAUAGACUCAAAUACAAACAGACAACAACCACUCCAGUCUACAGGAAAUGAGUGUGUAAAGAUGAGAAGUUACAGAUCAGUUUCAGUGUGUUUGGUGCUGCUGUGUGUUCUUCUACUGACUGCAGUCAUAGUGCUGUGUGUCCUCAUCAAUACAAACAAUCAACAGUUUAACAUCAAGACCAAAAACCUCACAGAAGAGAGAGAUGAAUUAAUUGCCAAGAACAAUAAUAUCACUAAACUAAGUGAACAGUUGAAUCAGAAGAUAAAUGGACUGUGGACUUAUCUUUCUGAUGGAUGGAUUUACUAUCAUUCGAGUUUGUACUUCAUUUCAUCUGAGAAGAAGAGCUGGAGUGACAGCAGAAGAUACUGUAGAGAGAGAGGAGCAGAUCUGAUCAUCAUUAACAACAAAGAGGAACAAGUGAGUGAAAGACGUUCUGUAUCUGCUGUUGCUGUUAAUUUAGGAGGUCAUUCAAAAACUGCUAUAAGUUAUAAAAUAAAUGUGAUUUCAUCAUCUCAGGAUUUUAUUAAGGAGACUGGUGGGGGCGGAUACUGGAUUGGUUUGUCUGACAGUGAUGAGGAGGGCAGAUGGAAAUGGGUUGAUGGCAGCACACUGAACUCUGAGUAA